AUGAAAGUAGAAGAAAUUGAACCCGCAACGUUCAUUGCCACUUUAGCUAAGACUUUAGUUGAAGAAAAGAAGAUUGAAAGACCAGCCGAAGCCGAAUACAUUAAAACAGGCCAUGGAAAAGAAAAUGCACCUCAAGAUCCUAAUUGGUAUCAUAUUAGAGUUGCUUCUAUCUUAAGAAAGCUCUACAUGGAAGAGCUUAAGUCCCCAGAGAAGCUAAAACACGGCUUUGGAACUCUUUGGUUUGCUCAAGUCUACAGUACUGCUAAGAAUAACGGACAUAAGCCAUCUCAUACUGUUACUGGCUCUAAAAGUCUAGUAAGAAGGAUUCUACAAGGCUUAGAACGAGUAGGUUUUGUAUCGCAAAUUCCUAAAGGAGGUCGCCGACUUACUUCUACUGGACGCAGCUACUUAGAAGCAGUUAGUGCUAAAUGUUAA